CACGUUUUUAGCGGGGCGUUGCCAUGCUCGAUGGCGCCAUCUCCUGUGUGUUCCUGGUCGCUGUGUUCGUCAGGAGCCUUUCAAUUGCAUCAGCUGCAUUCGUUGAUGCUGUGAGGCUCAGCGCAUCACCGGGCGUCAAGAAGAGGAGGAUGGUGGCUCACUCGCUCAGCCUGCCAGAACAAGUGAGCAACCAAGCGAAAAAACCAAUGCAUUCAUCAAUCUGAGUGAUUGCGUCGCUGUGGGUGUGGCGUUUUGUCUCCUCAGUUGAUGGAGGCUGACGGAGCGAUGUCUGUCGACCAUGGAGGGCUGCAGGAGCUCGUCACCGAAGGCGGCCGAGACCUCUCCGCCACUGCGGCCCGAUGGACCGAUGAGCUGGCCCAGAAGGGAGACGAAAUCAUGUGGGCCCUCAGAGAAAAAGAACACGUCAGCCGAUGGGAGAGCCAACUGUUUGCCUCACAGUCGCGCGAGCGCGCGGCAUACGAGCAUGUGAAGUUGCUGCAGGAACAAGUGGAGGAGAUGCAGCGGCUGGUUUGUUCCUUGGAGGCCCAGCUGCAGGACAUGACAGCGCACCGUGACCAGCUGAAGGAGGAGCUUGAGAGCUCGGGGUGUAGUCGAGCUAUCCGGGAUCUGACGGAGGGGUGUUUGGCUGUUCUCUUAUUUCCCGUCCUGUUCGUAGUCCUGAUAGUCUUGAUACCCGUCCUGAUUUUCCCUCUCGUGUUGCCGUUCAUCCUUCCUCAUGUAUACCACUAGAUUUGACGCUCCUGCGUUGAUUCCCUUUUUGUGAGGCAGGCGGACAGCGGCUGCAUCGUGUAUAGCUA